CUUGGGGAUCUGGGAGGUCUUUUCCAACCAUAAUGACUGUAUGAUUCGAUAACAAACCUCUGGCAGACCCACACGGAGGGAGCAGCCUUCUGUACAAAGCAGAGGAUGGGCUGCAGACAAGCAGGGAACAGGUGGGUGAGUGCAGGCUAACAUGGAGAAGGAGCUGGCAGGCACUGCUGUGUGUGCUUAUCGCAGAGCCAGCAGGGCUCGUUUUGAUAGCAGCACGUGGCUACUGCCAGCUCCUGCAGCUGCCAUAGGUGGUUUCAGCACUCCCAUAUCUGCUGCUGGCUGUGUGGGGACAUGGAUGCUAUGGCUGCCUCAUCCUCCAUUGCUCUCCUCCAGCCUCGGAGGGCUCCAUGUGCCCGCUCCAGCUCCACUCCCCUCUUUAGGUUUGGUUGCAUCUCAUCGUUAACAAGCAAAAAGCCCAACAGCCCCCCAGCCAACUAGGAAAUGAUUUCUCAGCACUCUCCUUGAGGACGGAAGCUGCGUCUGGUAUUUCUUAGAAUGAAAGCAGACAUUUUUCUUUCCUUCUUUCUUUCUUCCUUUCUUCCUUCCUUCCUUCCUAGAACUUAAUGUUUGAUUAAGCCCUCUCCUUGCCAGAGGUGACAUUUUCUGCAGCUGAGACAGCCGAUGGAAGGCUGCAGAAGGGCACUGCAGAGGACUUCAGAUGUUUCUGUUCCACAUUUAUUCUGUUAGCUUUCUAUCGAGGUCACCGUGCCUCUUACCCGGGGCUUUGGCUCUUAUUUGGCUUGGAGAGUUUGUGGCAUCACAUCUUUCUAGGAAAAAUGGUGUAAGUUCAACUGGAACUGUGAAAAAGUUUGGCUGGAAUUCAUCAAGGAUUGACCUAGAGAUGAAAAGGGAGUGUGAAAAUUCUCAUUGAGUUUGUGAACUUUCUUUGUUCUCUUUGGUCCUCGUGGUUUACGUGUUUUUGUAGAAAUCAGUGCACUUCAACUGAGCUAAAAUCUCAGGAGAAAGAAAACGAACUCAAAUCUGUACCGAAUGUAUUCAUCAAGCAAAACCAUUAAGCCCAGUACAUUUCAACUCUGGAACUAAAGGCAUCCUACCAGAUUUUAUUUUAGUUUUAUGUACUUAUGCACUUGGGUACAGUGAUGGACUUUCUUAAAAGAGAAUGUAUGGGAUUUGGGCAGGCAAAGCCAUGGGGGAUGCGAGGAGAAAAAUGUCCUCAGUGCAAAUCCAGCACGAGUAGAGAAAAACUUGUGUAAUGCUUGCAUGCUUGUCCAUGUGCACACUCUUUGCAUGCUUGGAUCAGUGCAUCGCACCCCAACUGAUAAGGAGUGGGGCAAAUACAAUGUACAGAAGUUGGGGUAGUGAGGGGCUGUUUUCUGGUGCCCGUUUCCAGGCUCUGUUGAACAUUUGGUCUUAUUUUUGGAUGGCUCUAUAUGGAGCCAGGAGUUGGACUUGAUGAGCCUUAUGGAUCUGUUCCAGCAUGUGGUAUUGUGACUCUGUGAUGUGGAUCUUGGUCCUGGUAGUGGAUAGGACAUGACUGAAGGUCCCCUGGCACACCAAAGAUUAUUUUUUCCCCUUCUGCUGCUGAAGUUUGGCAAUAUUUGCAAAUGUCACCGCCUGUCAGAUUGAGCUUUUGCAUUUCCCAUCCCCUGGAGUGGAGGCUGCCUAUCAAGUGUCUCUUCCCCACAGUUUAAUGUUUCUGGUAAAUGUACUGAUUUGAUUUUUUGAUUUUGUCUGAGCAAAAUAAGCGCGUGUCACACGCCUGAGCUGACAGAUGAAGGAAAAACUGAGGCAGGGCCAGGAGAAUGGAACAAGUUAUCCCUCCUGGUGUUACACAGUUUGGCCAACAUGAGGCAGAAGCCAUUUAGUCCACGUGUUUGCACUUUGCACAUCAGAGGGAUGACAGAAUGACAGGCAGGGCCUUGGCUUGGGCACUGCCUUGAUUAAAGGAUAGAAGUGUGCAGGGUGAGGGUGGCACUGCUGGUGACUCUCCAUCAGUUGGGAAUGCAGCAGCUGCACAUCUGGUGGCCAAGAGUGGCCAACUGUGUGUGCCAUGGCUGCCUGCAAAUGGGACGUGAGCACGAGCUGUGCCCCUGCAGUGAUGUAGGGUUGGGAAAGGGCGAUGGGUCUUUUGUAUCUGGCAGUGGAUGCUGGCAAUAACAGGAGCUUUUGUUGAUGUUUAGCGAUGACAUAUCAGUUUCUCCUUUUUAUCUAAUAAAUACAAUCUCCUGCACAGGCAGAGAUUCCAGCAGAAGUAUUUAGAAGAAGAAUUAGCUCAAGCAGUGAGAGCAAAUAAACAUCCCAGAGAGAUGCAUUUGUAGCACUCCUAAGCCUUGCAAUGUUCAGGCUUCAAGUGAAGACCAUCAAGAUGAUUUUCUACUGACUCUUGCAAAUCAGUAUGACUCCCACAAACUGCUGAUGACACAUGCCUUGCAAAAGAAAAAGCCAUCUCUUCUUGCUUUGGAUGGGGUCAUUUGCUGCAUUUGCUGUGCAGCCUUCUGAUUGCAGAGGGAUGCACCAGGAGUCAGCAAGGUGCUGAGUCUCCUCUCCCAGCACAGCUGCUCUACACAAGGCUCCCUGCAACACCUGCAGACUUGCAAAGGGAAAUGCAGUGUCUAACAUACACCAGGAAUGUCACAGUGAGGUUGGGGAGGUGCAAGUGCUGUGUGAAGGGCAACGCAAGGAAAGCUUGGACCCAACCAACCUUCUGCUAGAGGAAUGUCCCUUCUUCUAUCAGGUGCCCUCCUUGCUGUUUGCUAGGUGUGAAAAAUCCCACGUGUAUUUGCAGGGAUUGAGGAGUUGACUAGAUAGUGAGAACAAAGCCAUAUGCUGCGUGUCAUCAUUUAUAUCCUACACUUUCUAAAUCCCCCACCAAGAUCACAGUAUUUUUCUCACUUAUGAGUUUUAUGGAAGGAAAAUAAAAGCCUAAUAGAAAGCAGAAGGAACUCCAUGUUUUCUGCUUCAGCAUCACCUGCUGGUUCCAAUGGGAUCUGCAAAGUGAUGGAUGUGAGGGGCCGUGCAGGAGGUGCACAGUAACCCAUUUUGCAGGCUGUGGGGUUUUUAAUGGGAUGCGUGGGUGCUGCUCCAUAAUGGCUCAUCACCUGAAGACAUGAAUGAAGAAAAGCAGGUCAGGGAGGACAGGAAUAAGACAGAACUGUUAAGUCAUUUAAAUUUUAUUGUCAUACUCCAAGAUUCACAGUGAUGAGGAGGCAUUAAAAGGCAUUCCUGUACAAAUCUUAACCCCCACUCACUGUCACUGCAGGACCGAGCUGCUGCACUACCAGAUGGUAGUGGAGGCAACACCAAGACCAUUGUGUAACCUCAUCUAUCUUCUGUGGAAGCCUGAAGUCUGCAGGAAAGAACAAAUCCAAACCUCUAGAAGUAUAAUUGACCCUGAGGCCUGGCUUCAUCACACACAACUCAACAGCAGCAUCGGUUCUUCUGCCCAAUUAGAGCCCAGACCAUCAGUGCAGGAACAUUGCAGCCCAGGUUGGCACCAAUGAGUCCCAGUGCUGUGCUGGGUGCAGGUGGGACACGUUGGGAAGAGGGGAUAAAAGAGCCGUGUGCGGGGUGGGGAGGGAAUGUGAUGGAGUGGGAAGUGUGGGAGCAGCUUGGUGGUGAUGGCACUGCUUCUAGGUAAGGCUUUGGUUGGAGGAAGGUGGGAUGGGGUCUCGCUGGAGGUGAAGUAUUGCUUUUGGGAGGAGUAUCUGAGCAGUGUGGUGUGCUGUAGAACAAAGGGAGGCUGUUCUCUUGAAGGGUGCUGAUUAUUUUUCAGAAGGAGCUGUGAUUGUGGGGGUUGUAUGGCUGGGUUGCUGUCCCUGGGGCACUGUUUAGAGGUGUUACCCUUUUCUGUCAAACCUUCAGGCCCUGGUUUUUGGCUCCUGCAAAGCAGCACAGCUCUGCUGGAACCAACUCAUCCCAGCAGAGCAGUUGACUCUCAGUCCCACGUAACAUUAUGAAAUUUGGAGCAUAUGUACAGCACUGCUGGCAUGGCUCUUUGCAUGACAUCUUCAGAAUGAGUUUGACAGUAGCAUAAAUAGCAUAUGCAAGAGGGCCUUAUGGAUCUGCUGCUUGUUGCAUAUUAUUUACAUACAUAUUCUGUACCUAGCUGAUGGCUCCAUGGCAUUUGUCUUCCUUUUAUCUCUCUCUCUUUUUUUUCUUCCUAGUGAUGGUUUUGCCAGGGACUGGAAUCUUCUAAAGGCAGAUACUCAAGCCUCUAAAAAAUGGAUAGGAAUAUAAUUCCCACUACAAGUCCUUGAAAUCUCCAGUAAGCAUCUAUAACUUCUUCUUUCUAGAAAGUGGAACAGGAGAAUGCUUCAGGAGCUGCACUCAGGUGGGACAGGACUGUGGAAACAAGCUGCCCAACAGCAAAUUAGAGAGCAUCUGUUGCUGUUGAUCCAAAUAACAAGAAGAUCUUGAGUGACACUGCCUUGAGAAAAGAAAAUUCUGAGGGAAGCAAACAGUGAAUGGCCACUGAAUAUCACAGUGCUGGACUAUUUUGCAGUAAAUUUGCUGUUCUAUGGUGCAGUGCAGAUGUGGUGAGCAGGUCUUUGCUCUGAAGGGCUUUUGCCAUCUGAGCACAGAGUUGUGCUCUUCCCUGAGGGACGAGAGGGUGAGGUGCUGGGAUGGGGCUUGGAGGAUCUGCAUGCAUCAUUGCUUCUGUCUUACUGGUGGCUGUGUAAAAAGCACAGCUGUCAUCUCCUUCUCCUAAAUCAGAGCCUUUUCCUCUCCUGGCACCUGGGCUGUGGGGGCCCACAGCACUGAGCAGUGGUCACUGGGUGCUUGUACACAGAGUGGGGGGCCAAUAUCCAUGUUCAGGGGAGGGAAUGGCUGGAGGAAGGAGGGUUUGUCUCGUGAGACUGGAAAGAUUUGCUCACUUCAAAGCUGAUGGGUUUGAGAUGGAAAAAGGAAUGAGACUGUAAAGAGGAAUAUAAUGUUACAGAGAAGAUGGCUAAUGGGCUCAUUCAGAACCACCUGAAAUGAUCACUCCCUGGGAAAUUGUGAAUAAUGGUGGCAAACAGUAAAAUAUCAGUGAAGGGGGUGACGUCAGGCACUCGCCUUCUCCUCUUAGAACUUGAGGGAUUUUGCUUUAAAUGAAUUCAUGAUGUGAGCAUGAUCGGCUUGAAUUACCUGUAAGCAGUGAGGAUCAGCUCACCGCCAUCCAGGCUGUCCUGCAAAAUGCAGGUGGCUGCUGAUGUUAAGUUACACCCCUUAUCGAGGGCCCUGUAGUGAUGCCUGAGGGCUGUGGGACCCCCACUGUGAGCAGCUGUUGUCCCUCAGGAUGUGGCUUGAUGACCAAGACAUGCAAGGAACAUGGGAGGAACUGAGCAGAACUGAAGCAGCUCUUCUUGUGCCCGGGUUUUGGGGGUGGAAUGGCUCUCUCUUCUCGCACUGCGUGCUCCCAAGGGAUGGAGUGGGAGCUGAUGUAUUCCCUGGCGUAGUAACUACAUGGAUUUGGGUGCUGGAAAGCAAAUAGAAGGAGAAGGAUGAAAGGAAAAGCGGAGAGAUUUCUGUUGUAUUUAUGCUUGAGGUGGGUAGGAAUUACAUUUAUUUUUCUGUCCUACAAGAGCAAUAAGUUGAUUCCAGUAUUACUGCUGAGGUGCACCCAGGGAUCAGCUGUGAGAUUUUUAUUGUAUGCUGUGCCCAUUGUGGAUCAGUCCUUGCUUGCAGCCUCAGAUGUAGGCUGGGAUUUUGAGGUGCAGAGAGCAGGCACACAUCACCGUGGUUCUGGCACAUGUGUUGGGAGCAGAAGCACGGGGCUGGGAUGGGGGAGCUCUGCUGCAUCUGCUGUCUUCAUGCACGUGUCUGGGUGUAUAUUCAUGGUGUGAUGUGCACGGGUUGGACCCCAUUGUGAGCUCUCCCUGAGAAUCUCCUUCCUCGUGGAAGGAAAAGAGGAAGGGACGUGGUGUCCCAUCAGCCCCAUUCUCUUUGGUGGGCUUUAGGGAGUGUCCCAGUGCAGGUUGAAACCUGGAGGAGCCUUUUUCCUGAUGUUGGUUGUUCCCAGGCCCCUGCUUGUUCCUUCUGAACUUUUAUUUAUUCUUAACUUAUCAGUUCUGAUGCUUAGCAUCCCUGAAAAGGGUCUGUGGAGACUUCUGCCAUCUCCAAAAGGAGACUGAUGGAGCAAAUACGGAAGCUACAAUGAAUUCAUAUUGCAAAUAUUGAAGUCAGCGAGCCCUCUUCUUAAUAGAUGUUAUUUCUCAUUCUUCAAAGCAGUUCAUCAGUGAUGGAAGGCGGAUAAUCCACUUCUGGAAUCCUUCUUCCCUCGUGUUCUUGCAUGAUUUAUAACAUAGCUGGAGGAAGAGAAUUUGUCAGCACCAUCUCUGUGAAGUAGUGCUGAAUCCCAUUGCAGGAGGGACUCUGGAGAGAUGGUUUUGAGCCUGAGAGAUGGUUGUUGUUUUUUCCAUUCUGCCCUGACUUUUCAUUCAUUACUUCCUGCCAGCUCCUCUGAUGCUGUUUGCCAUAGAUCUGUGGCAUUAUGUAAAGCAGUCAGUGUUCAUAAACAGAACCCAGCAUCUCUCCUGUCUUGCUGAGCCAUUGCAGGGUGAGCAGGGACUGCUCUGUGCUCUUCCACAGCUUGGCUGCCCCAGGUCUCACUUUCCAUGCUUAUUCUGCACGUGUUCAAUCUCUGAAAAAUUCUUGCUCUAUCUCUAUCUGCCAUGCAGUUCUUCUAUAUAAAAUGCUGGUACCUGCUCUGGUUGUUUCCUUGGUGCUGAAAGAUGCAGAGCGUGGUGGUGCUGCUCAGCACUGAUCUGCUGAAGGGAGCAGAGAUGCUUAGAGCUGAUCCUUGAAAAGCAUAAACUUUUGAUCCACAAAGCAGGACCUUUUGUGCUUACAAAUGUGUUUAAUGGCAGAGAACAAAGCUACCUGCCUGUUGCAUCUGUUUCUCACCCUACUAAAUAGCUUAACCUAGCUCUACAAUAAGGAAACAAGUGGCUUGAUCAAUGGCAAUGUGCUUCCAAUGGUGAUGUGUACCAGUGCCAUCAGUUCUGAUGGGAGAAGGGUGUGCAUGUCAACCAGAGGUGCUCUCAGUGCUUAUAGCACGGGCAGUGAUGGGAGAAAUGAGGAGGUUCCUUUUGUGCACACUGUUGGUUGCUGGAUUUUGGGCUAAUGAUUAAUAUCCAAAGAACACAUUCCACCUGCCCAUCAAUGGUGAGAGAGCAAAUGUUGCCAGAAUUUUAUAUUUGCUUAGUGCCCAUCAGCCCAGCAGUGAGAGAUGGGUUUCUGACCCUCUGCUCACAGACCAGCACAAUCCCCCAACCCACCUCCUUCUCUCUGUUAGAAAUAAUUUCCCAUCUUGCAAAAUUAAUUCUCUGCUCUCAAUGGCCUUGAUUAAAUAGCACAGCAAAGUGUGCUGAAGGUGGCAGAACAGCUCUGACAGAGGGGCUUCACCUCCUGCAACGGAAGGCAUAAAGCUGUGGGCUUCUGCUGUUAUGGAGUGCAGGGGACUGUAGGCUGUUCUUUGCAAAAGCAGCAAAAAUUCUCCACGUCAUGGAACAGUGUUUGUGAAAUUAACCAAACUGAAACAACAGCAAAUACAAUUAUUGGCACUGAUCUGUUAUGGAUAUUCUAAUUAUUUACCCCAUUUGUGUAUAAUUUUGAUUUGAAUUUAAUUUUGCAGAUAUUCAGAGGGAAGCAGGGUUGAGCAGGGAGGGAGGGGAUGGCGUUUGUGCUGAGUGUGUCCUUGAUUUGUGUUGAUGCUCUGGGUGCAUUCUGCAAAUCCAGCAUCUUCAUAGUGUCAUCUGCUGCCUUCAUGUGCACCUUCUGGGCAGCCAUCACCUGGAAGGAGGGUUUUGGUUUUGGCUCAUUCUUUUUUGGCUUUUGUUACUUUGCUGUCUGCUUAGAAGCCCUCCAGCAGAAGAGCUGAUAGCUUUCUUUUUCCAAGAAAGGGGCUGGGAGGAAUCCUUUUGGAUUUCACAGAUGAAAUUUUGCUGGCCUUCAUUCUGGUGUGGAGACCCCAAAGGGUGCAGGGAAGAUCUCUGAUGAGGAAGGAGGUUGUCAUGGGAUGGCAGCCUGCACACUGAACUGGGGGGGGAUCCUGGGCAGAACAGAAGGAAUAGUGAUCUCUUUUGUUAAUAUGGAACUGGGGGCUUGGAGGCACUCGGGGUCAGGCUGGAGGGGCUCUGGGCACGUGGUGGAGAUGUAGGUGUCCCUAUUCACUGCAGGGAGUGUUGGGCUGAUGGCCUUUAGGGGUCCCUUCCACCUCAAAUGAUUCUGUGAUUGGAUUCAGGUUGGGGUCACAUUGAGCAGAACAGAGGGAUUGGGACUGAAGGUGCAGCAGGAAUAUGUUGGGUUUUUCUAUGUGAGAGGAUGCUGAGCGGUGUGAAGGCUGUCCAGGUGAGCUCUCUGCUCUGAUUUACUGCUGUUCUUUCUUCAGCCUCUGAAAAUGAAUCCAUUAACAAUUGAAGUAAUGUCUCACCCAGUAUUUAUUUUGCAUGCCUGUUAAUGGACUGACCAAAACGCCUUCAAACACCAGGACUCCUGCAUCACACAGAGGGCUGGAUCUCUGGUGUGUGCUUUUUCUCUUUGUUUUCUGUCAGAGCUGAGACCUGCUUUCAUGGAAGCAUUUAGGAACACUGCUGCAUGUUCCCAUACCAUUACUGGUGAGGAAGGUGCAGCUUCUGAGCCAAAUAUCUCCAGACAAGCUUUAAUGUGGAACUAGAGCAGCAAGGGCUGCCUGCUGGACCCAAGCUGCUCUCUUGGGCUGCAUGUGGGCUCUGGAAGAGAAGCAGUGUUUGCUGCCCAAGGAGACUGUAGUCCUUCUCUCUGUUUCCUGGGCCAUACCAGUGUGUACUGAACCGUUGGGUUCCACCCCAAAACUGCUGGAAAAACAGCUUCUGCCAUCUGUGACAGGUGAGCAGGGCAGCAGAGCAGGAGGCCCUGCAGGCAGAGUGCCCUUGGUGUGGGAUCAGAACGGGGCAGACCCACGGUCCCCUUUGCCCCUGUGUAUGGGGAUAGCAGGCAGCUGUGCUGACAUCCCAUGGCUGGUCUGCAGCUCCGGAGCUCCAUGCGCUCCUCGAACUGAGACAAAGCAGGGGAUGCUCUCGGUUACACCCUACCCUCCCCUCAGCCCUCACUUUGGCCACCGUUUCUCUGAGAACCCCGGCUCUCAGCCCUCCCUGCCAUCUGGCCGUUUUCUAGGUUAGAUUUCCCAAAUUCUGCCUCUGCUCCGGGAGCGCUCAGCUCUCCCGGCUGCGGAGCGACCCCAGGUGGGUGCGGGACAUUGCCGGGGGCUGCGGGGGGGUCGGGUGCCGGUGCUGGAGCGCAUCUCCGGCUGCGGGGUAAACGGGGGGAGGACGGCAGCUCCGAGCGGUGAGGACGGAGCCCGCAGGUGUGGGCUCGCUCUGCUUUGGUGGGUUUGGCUUUUUCUUUUCUUUUCUUUUUUUUUAAUUCAUCCCCCCCCCCCCCCCCCCCCCCCCCCCGCCCCAAUCUCGCUUUGCUUUUACGCAGUGACAGCAGCCAGGCAGCCGGGGCUGGCUCUGCCCAGCCGCCGUCCUCCCUCUUUCCCUCCCUCCCUCUCUCUCUCUCUCCUUCUCUCCCCCCCAUCCUUCCCUGCUCCUUAAAACCUGCGUUCCGGGGGUGCAGUUCCUCCAGCGGAGCCUCCGGCCGUGCCCAACCCGGCUUUGUUCCCUGCGGGGCUGCCUGGAUGCGGCCGCAGUAGAAGGGAAACCCGUACGCAGGUCCUUGGCACAGGCUGGUGGUUCACGAUGGACCCCCUCUUCCCUGCCCAUAUUUUGGAAGACCCCGACCUGAGAAAGCUGCUGAACGACUCCUCCAUGCUGAACCUGAGCUUUCUCCCCAGCAACUGGUUCAACAACGGCACGGGGGACAGCUUCCUGCCGCUGAGCAUCAAGAUCACCAUUGUGGUCGUCUACUCCAUUGUGUGCAUUGUGGGGCUGGUGGGCAACUGCUCCGUCAUGUAUGUGAUCGUCAGAUUCACCAAGAUGAAGACAGCAACCAACAUUUACAUCUUUAACCUCGCUCUGGCUGAUACCUUGUGUCUGAUGACCUUACCCUUCCAGGGUACAGACACGUUCUUGGGCUUCUGGCCUUUUGGCAACGUCCUCUGCAAGAUUGCUAUCUCUAUAGACUACUACAACAUGUUCACAAGCACCUUCACCCUGACGAUGAUGAGUGUGGACCGUUACAUCGCUAUCUGCCAUCCUAUCAAAGCUCUGGACAUCCGCACUCCUCACAAGGCCAAAGUGGUGAAUGUCUGCAUCUGGGCACUCGCUUCUGUCUUUGGCAUCCCAGCAAUGGUGAUGGGAUCUGCAGAGAAUGAGAACAAUGAAAUCGAUUGUCUAAUUAAACUCCCUUCACCCGUGGAUUACUGGGAUCCAGUGUUUGGCAUCUGCGUUUUUCUCUUCUCCUUUAUGAUCCCUGUUCUGAUCAUCACCAUUUGCUACAGUCUCAUGAUCAGACGCCUCAAGAACGUCCGUGUCCUCUCAGGCUCCAAGGAGAAGGACCGGAACCUGAGGCGCAUCACUCGCAUGGUGCUGGUGGUGGUGGCUGUCUUCAUAAUCUGCUGGACUCCCAUCCAGAUCUUCGUGCUGGUCCAGUGCUUGGGUGCCAAGGCCGAAAGCGAGCUCGAGCUGGCCAUCUCCUGCUUCUGCACAGCGCUGGGGUAUGCCAACAGCAGCCUGAACCCCGUGCUAUAUGCCUUCCUAGAUGAGAACUUCAAGGCUUGCUUCAAGAAGUUCUGCUUCCCUACCGCCUUCAGAACGGAGCUCCAGAUGUCCAACAGGAUGUGCAGCAUUGCCAAGGAUGUGGCUUAUGCCUGCAAGAACUCACAGGGGACUAACAAUCCGGCCUGACUAGGCAUGGAAAUCCCCAUGGUGGCUGUCGCCCAGCAGAGUCCAACCACUCCCACGUCAGAGCUAACUCAGAUAACGGCCCUUUAGCAGGACCUCAAAACUGAGAAACCAAGGAAGCAAUUUUGGGAGUUGGGAAAAUUGGACACUGCAAGAGCAUGCAAAAGAGCUGAUUCAAUCAUUUUUAGUUCCGACGUGCCCUGCACUACGGAGCACAUUUGAAAUCGGCCUUUUGAUUCCUGUGAAACCCUGGUGGCUUGCAAGGCUAUCGAGAAUUUGGGAAUUAAGGGUUUGAAACAGGCUUGCUCCUGCAUCUUACGCUUCUGCUGCUGGGAGACAGACAAAAUGCAGACUAUUCCAUUUCUUUUUCCUCCCUGAGUCGUUUCAGAUCCUCGGCUCUUGUACCUCUCCGGGCGUUCGUGCAUGGGUUUAUUCCUGCGGCACCGCUCUGAAAUUAGACUUUGCUGAAGACAAAGUGGGCAACAGCCGUCAGACAAAACCCAAGAUCAUCUCCAGGAUGAGUCAUCACAAGGGGAAGGAUGUGGGGAGGGAGAGGAGGGAGCAGAGCUGGCGGAAAGGGAAAUUCAAGCUGCCGGGAGCUGGCGAGCUCUGCAGAAAAUCCUCCACCUGAGAGGGGAGAGGAGGAGGAAAAGAUGGAUGAAAUGAACACAAAUCCUUGUUUACAUGCUGCUAUUGUUUGUGGGGUUUUUUUUUAGCAUUAUCUUCCCAUUGUAAUAAUGGACAGAAUGUCUGUAUAUACACAUAUGCGUCUCUAUAUUGCUAUGAUACAGCUAUAUUGUAAGAUGUUUGUCUUGCCAAGCAUGCCUUGGUGAUCUCCCUCAGUGAGAGGAGGAAGGAAUGAAGCGGAUGGAGUGGCCUAUGAACACAUGUACCUAUGUACAGGGGGAAGGCAUCUCGGAGACAGCUCAGCAGCUCCUCCAGAAGACAAGGAUGUUUCUGGUAGGAAGGGCAGCCUACAGCCACCCCCUCUGCUCCGUGUGUGCAAAAGAUGGCUUGCUUAUUUAUUUUGGCAAAGUGACGUCACUGAUGCUGAGAGCUUUGGGAAAUGCUGCUGAGGUGCCACACCUUCUACCAACUUGACUGAUUUUCUUUUUUUUCCCCCUUUUCCGGAGCUUCGUGUAAAACGAAAUGCUCAGCUGUUUCAUUUGGUAAUGGAAGUGUUCCCAGAGAGUUUGACCGCUGAGUGCCCUCUGCAGGGACAGUGGGCCUGUGUUCCUGUGUUCUUCCUGAAGUACUGUGGCCACAGAAAAAUUUGGGAAGGAAAGCAGUAGCCCUUGCUUGGAGAUGGCCAGCUGCGGUGGCAGCCGAACUGUACAGACUUCAAGUGAAUAUAGUUCUUGUGCUCUGGUCUAUGAGAUGCUGUAUUUUUAAUGUAUCACUUUACCACUAUUUUAAUGCUAUCAAGUUCUUUAUAUAUGCUGUUUAAAAAAAAAAAAAAUCUGAUGUUAUAUUUCUAUGUAGAGUGUUUCCCUUAUGGUUGGGCUUAAAAUAUAGACACAGUCCCAGCAUCCCAUGUGUAGGACCCAGAUCCCUUGUAAACUCUGCAAGCUGGGCCCAUUCUCUAGUUUAUACUGGGAGUCUGGAGGGGGGUAUAAGGGAGAACUUUACAAGUAGCACUUCCCCUGAGUAGCUGCAGGAGAGGAGGAGGUCUGGGCACUGUAAGCACUUUGUGAUGGAUUUUUAUCCCCAGGCACUCACCAGGAAAUCUCAUACAGCCCUAGGCACGCCCCGAGGACGGUGACAAAGCAAGUUUGAUGAGCUGUUGUGCUCAUGGAUGCAACGAUGGCGUUGGUCACUGGCAGUGUGGGGUCUUCUGAGCCACACGAUGUGGGGUGACGUGGGGUGUUGGGUAUGAGUAGGGAUGUGGCUGCUGGGCUUUCCUUGCAGUGCCAUGAGGCAGAGCAGAGAGGUCCUUGGCGGCUGCCUCAGCAGAGCCACGCUCCCUUUGUAGCUCCUGGUUGUGUUUUUAAACAGAUUUAUGUCCUCUGAAAGUGUUUGGCACUUUUUAUAUAAGGAUUUUGUUAUAAUGACUAUGCUGCAACAAUCUCACAUAAUCGAGUAACCAAUAAAUGUGUGUUUACUGAGCUUUUGGGUAAUUCUGUGGCCCUUGCAGUGAAUGUGUAUAGGCAUUCUGUUCAUGCUCGGUGGAGUUAUAAGAAGAGCAACAAAACCUGGAAGCAAAAGCUUUAUUGUAUUGUGCCUACAGAGUUAAAGGCUUGUGCUCAGCUGCCCAGCUGAAGUGCAGGCUCUUUAAUUCUCCUCUAAAAUGGUCGUGUUGGUAUGAUUUUACAAUUACUGCAGUGUAAGUGACAAUUUCCUUGGUGGCUACUUGUGUGCUUCAAUAAAGGAAAAUAA